GUCAGGCCCCUGCUGGCGGUCCCGGCGGCGGCCGGGCUAUCCUGUCCUGCGGUCUGAGGGCGGGGCGGCUUGCCGCAGCGCUCGGCUCUCUCAACCCCCCUCACCCGACCCCCGGCUCCGGUCGCCCGCCCGCGUCAUGCCAGGCGGUGCUCCACGCUAGUGCCGCCGGGUCCGUUGCCCGCCUGCCUAAAGCCGCGCCCACUGCCCAGAGCCAGAGGGAUGGUGGUAGUCACGGGGCGGGAGCCAGACAGCCGUCGUCCGGACGGUGCCAUGUCCAGCUCCGACGCCGAAGACGACUUUUUGGAGCCGGCCACCCCGACGGCCACACAGGCGGGGCACGCGCUGCCCCUGCUGCCCCAAGAGUUUCCUGAGGUUGUUCCCCUUAACAUCGGAGGAGCUCACUUCACCACACGCCUGUCCACCCUGCGGCGCUAUGAGGACACCAUGCUGGCGGCUAUGUUCAGUGGACGUCAUUACAUCCCCACUGAUGCUGAGGGCCGGUACUUCAUUGAUCGGGAUGGCACACACUUUGGAGAUGUGCUGAAUUUCCUGCGCUCAGGGGACCUGCCGCCCCGGGAACGUGUGCGGGCUGUGUACAAAGAGGCCCAGUACUACGCCAUCGGGCCCCUCUUGGAGCAGCUGGAGAACAUGCAGCCACUGAAGGGGGAGAAAGUGCGCCAAGCCUUUCUGGGGCUCAUGCCCUAUUACAAAGACCAUUUGGAGCGGAUUGUGGAGAUUGCCCGGUUGCGCGCAGUACAGCGGAAGGCCCGCUUUGCCAAGCUCAAGGUCUGUGUCUUCAAGGAGGAGAUGCCCAUCACCCCUUACGAGUGUCCACUUCUCAACUCUCUGCGCUUUGAGCGGAGCGAGAGCGACGGGCAGCUGUUUGAGCACCACUGUGAAGUGGAUGUGUCUUUCGGGCCCUGGGAGGCUGUGGCUGAUGUUUAUGACCUGCUGCACUGCCUGGUCACAGACCUCUCAGCCCAGGGCCUCAUCGUGGACCACCAGUGCAUUGGGGUGUGUGACAAACACCUCAUCAACCACUACUACUGCAAGCGCCCCAUCUAUGAGUUCAAGAUCACAUGGUGGGGACUAGAUUCAUCCUGCUGUGAAACAGCCCAGUGGUUACCAGUGGGUCAAAGCGCCUGCCUGUGGAACUUCCCUUUUGACUUUGGGCACCUUUUCUCCCAGGUUCCAUCUCACUGAUUGGGGAGGUGAAGUUUUAGGGGAUAGGACUAAUGGCAACAAAAAAGACGGAAACAAAACCCCAUGAAAUACAUUCUAUCACACCAGUAGAGGAGUUCUGUGGGUAACGCUCUACAUAGAAGAGAGGAAUCGACGCCGUCCUUACUUUACCUCUGGUAGGUCCACCAGGCGGUGCAGUGCUCAUUGUUUCAGGAGCAGUCAGCUGUGCUCUGAAAAGCUUCCAUUUUCUUCCUGGAGUUUGGGAUGUUCUGGGAGCUGUCUGAGCCUUCUGCCUCAAGCUAGUCAGGUGUUAACAAUGUUCCUGUUCUGGGUUGCUCCUUGGAGGACUGGGAAAUUGACAUCUGUAAGCCACAAAGUGGGUGGGGUGCACUUCCCUGUGUGAUCUUGGUCUCAGCUGGAUCCUGAUGAGGCUGGUACACAACAGAACAAAAACCAUUCCCACCAAGCAUUUUGAUCCCAGUUAGAAUUUCAAAUAUCCUCCUCCCGCAUAUCUCCUGUCUCAUCUUUCUUGGGCACCAUUUUGCUAGGGGUCUUUCAGGAAGAAAGUGGUCCCUGCCUCAUGAUCCUUAAAAGAGAGAGGCUUUAUUCAUCAGAGGCAGAGUACUGGGAGCUGGGGUGGGAGAAGCACUUUUUGGAAUUCUGGAAGAAACAUAUGUAUAUACAUGUUAAUGGGGGGAAGGGUGGGUUGGCAGGGGGCUGGAGGGGGCGGGAACAAAGACUGGGUGUAGUAACAGGCAGUUGCCUCUGCAGUGUGGGAGGUCCCCAAAUGCAUUGUCUUCUGUAUGGUGCUGGGUUUCUGUACACAGUAAACACUUACAUGUUCUUCUAUUACUGUCUGUGAGUGCUCUGGUGCAUGGAGCCGCCGUGCCCUCCCGUGGCAUUAAAGUCAACAAUGAGAACCUGGGUGCUGUGCCUUUCUUUUUUGGAGACUUACUCUCAUUCUUCCUCAGCCCCUCACUUUGCUAGGAAAUAUGUCUUCAUUUCUCCUUAAAAUGUGCUGUGUUUAGGGAUGCCAUACUUAACAAAACAGGCUCUUCCCUGAGAUUAGCAGAGGAACCUCCACCCUGACUUGAAGUUAAAGGGGGUGGGCCCGUGGACCCCCCUCUGUGGUUGCUCCAGCCUUGACCGUGUUCCAGGGAGGAGAGUGCCUGGGCAGACAGCUCGGCCCUCUGCUGUUGAGAGGGCUCCGGGGAAGACGAUGGCGCAGCUGCACAGUCACUUGUACGGUUCACGACUGUGUCAGUAGCUCUGACAGAAACCCCUCCUGUUGGAUCGCCGCUUUUUACUGCGGGGGAGCUGAGUCACUCUAACUGUACAUGAGCCUCAGUGGUUAAGACCCUUCCUUGGGGAAAAUGGGUAUCAGUUGCCCUUCCUCUGGAAGCAGAGUUUUGUCACCUUCCUGGCUAAUGAGUGUCCUGAUCGGGAUGCCCCUUGGAGUCACGUCACGGAUUCGCCCAGAAAGUGAAUCCGUGAGCGCUGAAGUGCUGGGCGGUGCCGCCCUCCCACUGCUUCCCUUAAAUCUCUGGUUAUUUUAGCUUUUAAACAAAAACACUGUAGCAUCUGUGCCGUAUGUAUUCCCUGACCUAAUUACUGUACAACGCUCACAUAGUAAUAAUACACUAAUAAUGUCUUACAAAUCGGGAACUGAAGCUCGUGGAGGUGUAAUUUCCCUGAGGACAUAUAAGCAGGAAGUGGCAGAGCUGGGAUGCAAACCCAGAGCCCGUUUCUGAAAUCCUCACGGCUGUUCCCCAGCAGAGCCCUCCCUUCUGCCUGGCAGCUAGCUCACUGUCCCACCUCUGAGGCUCAGGGUUUCACCCGCCUAACCUAUAAAGAUUUGCAAAGCAAAUACUCUAGAAGGAAUACUAGAAGAUUGCCUUAGACGUGUGGUCUUAAGUAGCCUGGAGCAUUGAGAUAGAUGAGGCCCCCCACAGUGGAGGAUGACGUAGCAGCUGGGUGGAGGCUCCCUGGCUGGACACUGUGGUGGCACAGUCUGAGCCAGCCCACGGGAAUCGGACUCGUGCAGCCUACAGGACUAACCACACGUGCUGUGCAGCUUGACCUCAGAGGUACACCCAGGGUCACGGCCCUUCUUCAGGGACCCCUGGUAGGUUGAGAGAAUCAUUGAGUGGGAGACUCUAGUUUAGCUCAGGGGACAUCGGGUGCCUGACUUGGGGCUCAUGGCCCUUGGACUCCAGGUCUCUGCUCUGCCUGUGUGUCCUUUGUCAUCAUUUUGAAGAUGAUGACCUUUUAGCUAGCUUUACACACUUUUGCAUUUUGCUGUGUUUAACUUACAUCCCGUUCCUUUGGCUUUUACUUAACUUGCUGUCCUUUGACUCCUUAUCAUUUUGUUUCUCCUGUCAUGUACUUGAGCUUUCUCUUUUUUUAAACAUGAUUUGAAACUUUUUCUUUCUUAGAGUCAGAGCUUAUCCUUUUUUAAAAAAAUUCUUAUAGUUGCCAUUCAAUAUUAUGUUAGUUUCAGGUGUACAACAUAGUGGUUAGACAUUUAUGUGCCUUAUGAGUGAUCCCCAGGAAGUCUUGCACGCACCUGACACCAUGCGUAGUCACGACGUCACUGACCAUACUUCCUGGGCUGCAUUUUACAUCCCUGUGACUAUUUGGUAACUGACAAUAGGUAUUUCUUAAUCCCUUCCACUUUUUCACCCACCCCUCCACCCCAACCUUUCCCAUCUGGCAACCAUUUGUACUCUGUAUCUAUGAGUUUGUUUCUGUUUUGUUUGUUCAUUUAGUUUUUUAGAUUCCACGUAAGUGAAAUGCUAUGGUAUUUGUCUUUCUUUGAUUUAUUUUACUAAACUUUAUUUCUAACAUAACUUCUAAGUGAAGUACCUGUAUGCACAGGAUGCCAAUGAAGGUAGCUCUUGUUCUGAGCAGGAGUAAUUAUGUGCUUCCCCCUUUUCUCUAGUCAUUUCUACAAUGAUCUUAUUAGCUGUGAACAUUAGGUACAUCAUUUUUCCCUUUAGAGGAAUAUCUUCUAAAAUCUAAAUACAAGGAAAAACUGACCGGGCUAUUAUCAAGCUUUUACCUUUCCUUCCAAAAUGUCCCCUCACCCGCUACACAAAAUUGCAGUAAAUGCAGCCUUAGGAACAGAGUAUUUCCAUUUGGGGCUGCUAGGGACCUCACACACAUGACAGGAUCAGAGAUUUC